AUGGCAACGAUUAAGGUUGUAAAAGCUCGUCAAAUCUUUGACAGUCGUGGAAAUCCCACCGUUGAAGCUGAUAUUGUGCUUUCUGAUGGAACCUUUGCUAGAGCUGCUGUUCCAAGUGGUGCUUCCACUGGUGUCUAUGAAGCUUUAGAGUUGAGGGAUGGAGGAUCAGAUUAUCUUGGGAAAGGUGUACUUAAGGCUGUAGAGAAUGUCAAUUCCAUCAUUGGACCAGCCUUGAUUGGCAAGGACCCAACGGAGCAGAACCAAAUUGAUAAUUUCAUGGUACAACAGCUUGAUGGAACUGUUAAUGAAUGGGGUUGGUGCAAACAGAAGCUUGGAGCAAAUGCUAUAUUGGCAGUGUCACUUGCUGUUUGCAAAGCAGGUGCUAUGGUCAAGAAGAUCCCUCUUUACCAGCACAUUGCAAAUCUUGCUGGAAACAAGACCUUGGUUUUGCCAGUACCUGCAUUCAAUGUCAUCAAUGGAGGUUCCCAUGCUGGCAAUAAACUGGCAAUGCAGGAAUUCAUGAUUCUCCCCGUUGGGGCAUCAUCUUUCAAGGAAGCCAUGAAAAUGGGUGUAGAAGUGUAUCAUCACCUGAAGUCUGUGAUUAAGAAGAAGUAUGGACAAGAUGCUACCAAUGUUGGUGAUGAAGGUGGCUUUGCUCCUAAUAUCCAGGAUAACAAAGAGGGUCUUGAACUGCUUAAGACAGCGAUCGCCAACGCUGGAUAUACUGGAAAGGUUGUGAUUGGGAUGGAUGUUGCUGCUUCAGAAUUCUAUAAUGAUAAGGACAAGACCUAUGAUUUGAAUUUCAAGGAAGAGAAUAAUGAUGGAUCUAAGAAGAUAUCUGGAGACAGUCUGAAGAAUGUGUACAAGUCAUUUGUGGCUGAUUAUCCAAUUGUGUCCAUUGAGGAUCCGUUUGAUCAAGAUGAUUGGGAACACUAUGCUAAGAUGACUGGGGAAAUUGGUGAGCAAGUGCAGAUUGUUGGUGAUGAUCUGCUUGUCACAAACCCCAAGCGUGUGGAGAAAGCAAUUAAGGAGAAGUCAUGCAAUGCCCUUCUAUUGAAGGUGAAUCAAAUUGGUUCUGUAACUGAAAGUAUUGAAGCUGUGAAAAUGUCUAAACAUGCUGGCUGGGGUGUCAUGGCAAGCCACAGAAGGGACAGAUCAAGACUGGGGCUCCUUGCAGAUCAGAACGCCUUGCAAAAUACAACCAGGAUAGAGGAAGAACUGGGUUCUGCAGCAGUCUAUGCAGGAGCAAAAUUCAGGGCACCGGUUGAACCUUACUAA